UCAAGGGACAUCACUCUGAGAGUAUGUCGACCGACCGGGCUGUCGAUGUGGGCAGUGAGGUGAUGCCAUAUAAUUUGAUGACGUCACAAAACUGUCGUUCAGACAAUCCAAGAUGGGCGAAUGCAAGAAUGAUUUCGAUGAAAUGGUGGCUCUUCUUGAUGGUGGUUCUAUGUACAGAUCGUGGCAUCAGUAAAAACCACGUACACCUCGGUUGCUUUCGUCCAUCAAAGUUCGCCCUCAAGGCCUUUAUCCGACGUCCACAUGACCAAAGAGACAGCGGCCCUGCUUGGUGUGUGAACUACUGCAGACAGCAGAACUAUACGUUCGCUGCGAUCGAGGCGUAUUCUCAACUGUGCCGAUGUGACAACCGGUUGAAAGACUCCACCCGUGUUCCUCUCGAGCAUUGCCUCAGUCCUUGCAAUGCAAAAGGGCAGUGUGGAAAACGAGAUCGAGUAAUGUUAUAUGUUUUAGAUGCCCCUCCGACUCAUUCCGGCCCGACGGGAAAGUCAGAUAAGGAAGAUGACGCCCAUGCAGCGCUUGUAGUCGGUACUGGCGUCCAUCGGGGUAAGGAGGCCUGGGACCAAAGCUACGACCAGCUUCUUAUCCUUGGAGGCGGGGUGGGGGCAGCCGUGGCACUGUUGGCGAUCCUGGUACACUGCGCUCGUGUGUCCAGAAUGAGGUCUCGUCUCCUCAAAGUCUACAUCACCCAGCUGAAACGAGGCGAGACUGAUGCGAUCACGCCUCCCGGCACUUUCACAAUUAGCAAUCAACUCUGCCUCGACUUCUUCUGUUGUUGCUGUGACAGAAAACAGGACGACCUUGAAUACGAUGAACUUUUGAAUGACAUUGAACCCGCUCGCAAAGGAUCUUUUAAUGCAAAGGUCAAACAGUAUUUAAACAAAUGUGAGGCUGACAAAGAGGCGAACAGGGAAGAGUUACGAAAAAUAUUAAGGACGUUGUCUAAGAGUGGUUCCAUCAGCAAAGUAAGGAGCUCUGCCCGGAGUUUAGGGGAACCGUAUGUCAAGUCACGGAGACAGAGGCAACAAUCGGACCCUGCUGCCAACCUGUCUGAUCUGUCCAAUGUGUCUCUCAGAGGCGCGACAAGCUGCCCUUCCCGAGUGGGAGGUCGCGACCAAAAUUCCUCAGCGUGCCCCAUCGAGAAGACCUUUCGAAGCCAUUCCUCGAGCAGGACAAUGUACACAAGAAGAAGCCCACGACACGGCGACGGCGGACGUGGUCAUGACGUCGCCGCAGACGAUGAUGAUACAGUGACCAGUUCUCCUAUUCGUCUACUUCCGGUGCCAUGUAGGAACUCCUCGCAAAAUAGUUCCGAAAACAGAUACCCCCAGGGAGGAAGUAAGACGCGGCGUCCGCGCCCCCAGCGUCUCGUGUGGCUGAAGGGGGUUGAGGAAAAUACCAGUGACUCCCAGUCGGAUUGACCAUACAGUGUCACCACCCGAAAGGCACAUGGAUUUGACGGGAAAGUUGAAUUUCUCUAGUACAUGUAUUUUGCUGAUCUGAUCUCUGAUUAAACUACAGAAUGAUGCUGUUAGGUGA